AACUAUAUAAGUAUAAAGGCUUCUCUUUCCGGUCUCCACACCCUUCACAAAUCUUGAAGAGAAUAUAAUCUCCUUCCUAUUCCUUCUUGAAUUUGGAUGGUGAGAGUAGUAGCAGCCAUGGAAAGCUCACAACCUCCUCUCUCCAUUGAGAGCUUCUCCCACAGCUGGUUAAUCAACUUCAGACCCUCUUUCGAUGAUUCCCCCAUAGCAGACGAUCCAUACGAUGAAACUUCUUCCUUCAUAGACUUGGAUCCAAAGUUGACACCUUCCAAGAGAUUCUUAUCAUAUGCCCAUGAUUUCAGCUUCGAUUCCGAUUUCUCUCACUCUCCUGUAUUCCUUGUUCACGCCGACGAACUCUUCUCUAAUGGCCUCGUUAUGCCUAUCUUCAUAAACCCAUCAAAAAUGGAGGGCCCGGACUCCAUUAAAGCACCACCACCAGAGGCAACCAUCUCUGAAUUAAAGGAAUCAUCAGGAGCUUUGAUUUCUUCCCAUAAAGAUGGGAAGAUAGAGUGGAGAUUCCUGAGGAGUUGCAGGAGAUCUUCAAAGUCCAUAUUCCACAAGUACGUGAGUUUCCUCAAGCCUCUGUAUCAGAAAGUACGAAGCUCUGGAAGGGCUCGUAGUACAAGUAGAACAGAGCCCAUUGAGGGAAUCCAUGAGAAUUCAUUUCCUCGAGAGGUCUCUGCUCGAAACAGUUCUUGUUGUUCAAAUACUGAUUGCUGUGACAUUGAUGAGGCCGUCCUCCAUUGCAAGAAAUCAUUUGAAAAGGGUGGGAGACUUCUGCAGAAAGGAUGAACGACAGACGAAGAAGAGAAGAAGAAGACUUGCUUUCCCUCCCCCACCCUCCCCUCCCCUCUCUCUCUCUCUCUCUCUCUCUCUCUCUCUAGAAUUAUGGGAACUAUACUGUAAUAGGAAAGAUAGGAAAGGGAAUGUCUGAAGUAGAUCCUAACAGUAUAAUUUUAUCUUGUA